GCAUGUAUAAACUUGGAGCACUCUUGUUAUAAUAACAAAAACAAAAAAUUAUAUCACAUUUCCGCUUGUAUUAUUGUGUCUAGUCUGAAAACACAAAUUCAUCAUCAUAAUUAAAUUAUAAACAUACAAAAGAAUAUAUUAAAUUAUAAUUAUUUAUUAAUAAUAAACUGUGUGAAUAAAUACUUUGAUAUAAAAUGAAUAAUUUUAUAUUAUCUAUAACGUAUAAUGGUGCAAAUACGCAACUGCAAUAUGGCCGAACAAAGUGAAGAUUUUCUUAUACUUGGUGAUCAGCAUUAACACUUUAUAUCAUAAUAAUGACAAGACAAAAAUACUAAAUGUAAAAAAAAACAAAAAAAAACACGAAGGGUUAUGUCAAGUUAGUAUUAUUUUUCUUGUCAAAGCUUGAAGUUUGAAAUGUUUUUUUUCUACAUAUAUUGUUUUGCAAAUUUCUUGUUUAAAUAUUUGUCUAUCUACAUGACCUAGCUGUCGCAUAAUUUUAAUACAAAUUAUCUAUUCAAGAAAAAAAAAAGAAAAAAAAAAACAAAUCAAGUGUCAUUUAUGAAAAGCAAUGCUCCAUGUAGUAAAUAAAAUUUUAAACGUGUGGUCAAAGACAAGAUGUUAUAGACAUUUUCCUGGUAAAAAAAAAUAAGAAAAAAAAAAUGAAUGAUUAUUAAUAUAUUGAUAUAAUUAUUAAAUAAUGGAUACUACUGUUGAUGCAAAUAGAAAUGAUGGUAGUGGAGAUAUGAGUCCUAGUUGCUCAAAUUAUUCUGGUAUGGUACAUAGUAAAAAAGUUAUAAAACAUGCAUUACGUCAACAAGUAAAAAGACGAAGAAAAAAUACAACAAUUGCAUCUGGUAAUUCAAGAUCAUUACCGCGAAUUAUUGUUAAACCAUUACCACCAAUAGUAGUACAAACACCACCAACUGUACCAUCUCCACUACCAGUUAAUGAUUUAUUAUCUUCUAUGUCUAAUAUACAACAAAAUAUGACAGUUGAAGAACCAGCAGCAACAAUGAGAGAAGUAUUAGCAAGCCUUCCUGGUUUUAGUUUAAAAUCAAGUCGUCGACGUUCAACAAAAAGACUAUCAGCAGCUGCACAACUUGAAGCUGGACUUGUUGAUCUUGAAUCACCAGCAAGUAUAUUAUCAAGUACAAGUUUACGUGCAUUAUUAAAUAGGCAUACAUUUCAAGGACUUCCACCACUUUAUCAAAAAAAAUUAGCUCAAUUAUUACCUGGUGUUGAUAGACAAGAUGCAGCAACAUCUGGUUUAAAUAAUGAAUUUUUUGCUCGUGCAUGUUUAGAAUGGCGUAAAAGACUUGCUGAAGGUGAAUUUACACCUGAAAAUCAACAAAGAUUAAAAAUGGAAGCUGAAAAAGAUAAAAACAAACUUGAUCCAUGGAAAUUAAAACAUUUUGAGCCAAUAUGGGGUGAUAAAAAAGAACCAAAACAAAAACAACAACAACAACAACAACGACAACAGCAACAACGUUAUAAUAAUAAUAUACAUUGUAUUAAUCAAGAACCAAGAAUAAGUGGUGGUGCUGUAACAAGAUCAAGUUUUCGUUUAGGAUUGGAAACAAAUAAUCAAGAUACACAAGCAAUAAAUGAUAUAUAUUGUCGUAAUGUAUUAGAAAUGCCAAAUAAUAAGACUGAGACAAUUAAUUGUCCAAUUAAAAAUUCGGCAAUUAAUGAAACGUGUACGACAAAACCUAUUAAUGCAGAUAAUAAAAUAAUUAAUCAAUGUAUAAAUACAACAACAUUAGAAAUCAAUGAAACAAUUGAUAAUAGAUUAAAUAAUAAAAUUAAUCAUAUAACAAUUGAUGUUAUAACAAAUAGUAAUAAUAAUAUUAAUACAGAUACAAAAAAUGAAAAUAAAUUUAUAAAUAAUGAUACUGAAUUAUCUGACAAUAAAAAAAAUAAUAUUGAUGAUAUUCAAAUGGAUAUAAAACAUGAUUCUGAUUUAAUUGAAAUUAAUAAAAAUUCAAAACGGGACCAUGAUACAAUGACAAAUAAUAAUAUUAUUAUUAACAAAGUACAAUUUGAUGAAAAAAAUUCAUUAAAUAUAGAACCAACAACACCAUUAAAUGAAACAAUUAUAAUAUCAACAAUUGAAGAUACAAUAAAUUCUGAUACUGAUGAAGUGAAUAAUGAAAAAAUAAAUAAUGAUAAUGAACAAAAUGAUAAUGAAACAAUUAAAUGUUAUUCACAAGAUAAUAAUUUAAUUGUUAAUUUAUCACAAGUAUCUGAUAUUGAAAUAUCUCGUGAUACUACUGAUGAUAAUUGUGAACAACAAUUUGAUACAUUAGAUAAUAAUGAAAAAAUAUAUGAAUCAUCAAAAUGUAAAAGUGAUAGUGUAUUUGAAAAUAUUCAAUCUCAUGAAAAUGUUAUAGCUACAGAUAUUGUUAUUGAAGAUAAUGUUAUUAAUGUACCAAUUAAUAAUACAACAACAGAUACUGAGCCAAUACCAGAAGCCAUGGAAAUUGAUUCUGAAACUCUUCAAAGAAUUCAUGAGCUUGAAGUACGUGGUGAAAUGAGAGAAGCUUAUGAAGAAAUUUCAAGUUGUACUGAAGAAGUUAUAUAUCCGCUACUUGAAGGUAUGGAGAUGGGAUCAACUGGCUCGGAUGAUAAUGAAACACAAAUUAUAAACGAUCAAACAAAAGAUAUUCAAGAUAUUCAAGAAACAAAUAUUAAUGAAGAUGAAGAAUUACGUGAUGCUAAUAAUUAUGUUUGUUCAGAAAUGUUGGAAUGUAGCUGGCCAGUUGAUUCAACAAUCAAUAAUAAUAAUAACAACAAUAAUAAUACAACAACAGCUAUUAAUAAUAUUACGACACAAGAUGAUCUUCAAGUGACAUGGCCACUAGUUGCAGCAUUAGAUGGUUCAGUUGCUGCAAAUAUUACAGUGACAACUCAAGAGGAUUGUAAUGAUUCAUCAACAAUUCAAGAUUUAGCAGCUUCUACGAGUCAAACACAAAUUCCAGGAAAAUUUCAACAACAGCAACAACAACAGCAGCAGCAGCAGCAAUCGUCGCUACCACCGCCACCACUACCACCACCGCCAGUACAGCAACAAAAACCACAACCAUUUGUUGGUGAGAUGACGACAAUUGAGACUGUAAAUUGUGAAUCAUUACCAUUUCAAGAGACAAUGUCAGUUAGUACACCUCCAACAAGUUCUGUACUUACAAAUAUUCAAUCACCAAGUCCACCAAUGAUUUCAUUUCCUCCACUUCAAUCGAUACGUUUUAUUCCAAGAUUUCAUCAAAAUAUAAAUAAUACAAAUACUUUAACAACAAAACAAACAGCACAACAAAAGCCAAAUCAAGAAUUAGUACAAUUAACAAAUCAAAGUACCAGUAAAGUUAUUAAUAAUACAAGAAAUAAUUUUACUGGACAACAUGUACAAGGUGUUAUUCAAGGACAUUUACAAAAUGCAAUAUUUCAUCAUCAAACAUCUCUACCAGUAACUCAAAAUCGUCAAAUUAUAACACAAAUGCAACAUCCACAAUAUACAAAUCCAAAUGUUCAUGUUAGAUCAGCACGUUCAAGUGGACAAUCAAGUAAUCGUAGUUCAAGAAAUUCAAAUAAAGAACAAAAUACUGGAAGAUCUAAAAGUACAACAAAAGAACCACCUGGAGCAGUUAAUCUUGAGCGUAGUUAUCAAAUUUGUCAAGCUGUUAUUCAAAGUUCACCAAAUAGAGAUCAAUUAAAAGCACAUUUAAAACCACCACCAAGUUUAUUAGCACGUGGUGAUGCUGUUUUUACAUCAAACAAAUCUGGUGGACGUACAUUAACAACUGUUAAACCACAAAAACAACAAUCAACAAUGCAACAAAUUGGCUGUAAACAACAAAACAAAACUCAAGCUGUUAUGUUAAGACCAGUGAUAUCAACAACACGACAAAAUCCAAUAAUUGAGACAACAGAAAAUGGAUCAGCAAUGACAACAACAAUGGCACAUUUAGGAACUAAUAAUACUGGAAAUUUUGGUCAAUAUAUAUUAGUUCAAAGAACAGGAGUUAGUGAUGGAGCACCAAGAGCAUCAUCAGCACCACCAUUACCACCUCAAAUUGCUGGUUUAGGUGUUGGUGUACAUUUAGUACGUGGUAGACCAGCAUCAGCUGGUGAAGGUUCACAUCAAGCUGUUACACUUAAAGCAAGAAAUACAAAUGAUGGUCGUGGUGGUGGUGGAGCUGAACCAGGUGCACCUGGUGUUAUUAUGGGUGGUGAUCCACCACCACCUUGUGAUUGCAGUAUGCGUAGUGCAAUGGUUAUUUGUCGACAAUGUGGAGCUUUUUGUCAUGAUGAUUGCAUUGGCCCUCAAAGAUUAUGUGCUACUUGUCUAAUACGUUAAUAAAUAUAGCUCAUAAUUAGAUAUGAUACAAUAAGCGAUAAUAGACAAAAACAAAAAUUAAUAAAAUCAAAAAAAAACAUUUCGUACUAUCAUACAUUAAAGAGUUUAUAUCAUCAUCGUAAUAACAGAAGUCUUCAAGUGCCAUUUUUCUUUUCGUUUUAUUUUUUUUUUUUAUAAUACUAGGGCAAACUGUUGUUGGCAUUUUAUUUAUUGAGAUAUUUUUAGUCUUAAAAAAGACUUGGUAUUAAAAUCUCUUUCUAUUAUUAUUUUACAAAUAUUUCACUAUAAUUAAAAAAAGUCUUUCUCAUUUUAUUUUAAUGUCCAUUACGCUCUUCUAAUAUUUUCUUUUUUUUUUAGUCCAGAAAUACUAUGUAAAAUAAAAUGCCAUCAACAGUCUGACUUACGCCCUUCUAUUAUUAUGAAUUAUAAUUAUUGGCUAUUUGACUCUUCUGUUAUUAUGACAAUGGUAUGAUAAAAUUUCAUAUAUUCAUUGAAUUAUUUAGACAUUUUAAUUAUUUAUUAUGAAACAAUAAGAAGUGUAUUUUUAAAGAAAAAUUUUCUAACCACGAAGCCAAUCUUAUCGGAUAUAUUAUUCAAUAAUAAACAAUAUUGAAAUUUAAAAGAAAAAAAAAAAAAAAAACGUAGUAAUAAAUAGAUGUUACGCUAUUUCUAUAAGUUGUAUAAAGAAAUUUUUUUUAAGUUCAAUUAGAACUGUGUAUGUCUGUACUUUAUUAAUUAUUCUUAUUAUUAAUGUAGAUUUGAUGAAAGCUAGAAAUUUAUAUCCAUCAUUUACAACGAUAUUUUUUUAAUAAUUUCAUCUAUUAAUUUCAUGUAUUUAAAAUAGUAGACACAUAUAUUUGAGAAAACCUGGUAAAUAUUAUCAAUCAUUAUUUCUAUAUAUAAAAAAAUGCAUUUUAAUAAUCACAAUAUAUAUUGUGAUAUCGUUCCAUACUAAAAACAAUAAACAAAUAAAUAAAAAACAUUAA